GGAGGCCAUUGUCUUCAUGUAGAUGGAAAGUGAAGCAUAUUGUGCAGAGAGGUGGAGGGUGGUGGAGGAGGCCAUUGUCUUGUAUAGAUGGAAAGUGAAGCAUACUCUACAGAGAAGUGUGGGGUGGUGGAGGAGGCCAUUGUCUUCAUGCAGAUGGAAAGUGAAGCAUACUGUACAGAAAGGUGUAGGCUGGGGGGAGGAGGCCAUUGUCUUCUGUAGAUGGAAGGUGACGUAUAUUGUACGGAGAGGUGUGGGGUGGUGGAGGAGGUCAAUGUCUUCUGUAGGUGGAAGAUGAUGGACAUUGUAUGAAGAGGUGUGGGGUG